GUGUGCGCGCGCGUGUGUGUGUAUAUCCGGUACACGAUGUUCACGGGAACGCUGAAAAUCGAGAUCUGCGAGGCGGUCAGGCUUAAGGCCACGGACAAGCAACGCAAGUUCUGGCACACCGAUGAACCCAUACUCGACCCCUACGUUCAGAUGAACGUCGACGAGUUCCAUCUCAAUCGAUCAACCACCAAGCCCAAAACCUUCAACCCGGUCUGGAACGAGUCGUUCACGUACGAAGUCACGAACGCAGUGACGCUGGGCCUCACUGUUUUCCAUGACUCGGGGAUCCUGUCGGAUUACUUUGUCGCCAACUGCAGUAUACCCUUCUCGGCGCUUGUCAACAGGAACGACGAGACUUCCGAUUUUUGGGUUGACCUUGAGCCUAAAGGAAAAUUAAGAGUUAAGAUUGAUCUGACAUGGAAGAAUCAAGAUCAGCAAUCAGGCGGUGGUACAAGCAAUGGAGAAGGAAUCAGGAGCAGAGAUGGUGGGACCAUCAAUACCAGGAAGGAAUCCCAAAGAGAAUUCAAAGAACGACAAGGGAUCAAUCGGAGAAGGGGGGCAAUGCGACGUAGGGUUCAUCAAAUAAAUGGUCACAAGUUCAUGGCUACCUUUCUGAAGCAACCGUCUUUCUGUGCUCACUGCCAAAAAUUCAUAUGGGGCUUGGGAAUGCAAGGCUAUCAGUGUCAAGUUUGCACAUUAGUAGUUCACAAAAAAUGUCACAAAUUGGUUAUUACAAGAUGCCACGGCAUGAAAGACAAGUCGACCAACGAUACAGAAAAUCAGCGGUUCAAUAUAGACGUGCCACAUCGUUUCGUUGUUCGCAAUUUCAUGAGCUUUACAUUUUGUGACCAUUGUGGCACGCUUUUAUAUGGAUUAACGAAGCAGGGCUACAAUUGUGAAGAUUGUAACAUGAAUGUUCACAAAAAAUGUCUGAAAAAUGUAGCAAACAAUUGUGGCGUGAACAUGCAAGCCAUGUCCGAGGUUUUAAGUAAAAUGAAUAUAUCAUUUGAUAAACAUGUAAAAGCUCCAAAGAUUAAUUAUAGAACAACACCGGAUCAGUCUAGCCAUAAGCCUCCACUAGCUCCCGUAAGCGACGCGUUACAAGCGGAAGCGAUUAAAAAGGCAGACGAGCAACCACUUAUUCCCACUGAGAACGCAGUACCUGUUAGUGAAAGUCAAGUUAGAAAACUUGGUAUCGAAGAUUUUAAUUUUAUCAAAGUUCUUGGUAAAGGUAGUUUCGGGAAAGUGAUGUUGGUAGAACGAAAAGCCAAUCCGGAUGAAAUUUACGCAGUGAAAAUCCUAAGAAAGGAAGUGAUCAUACAAGACGACGACGUGGAUUGCACAAUGGCAGAAAAGCGGAUUUUAACACUGGCAGCAAGACAUCCAUUCCUCACGGCUAUCCACAGUUGUUUCCAGACAAACGAUCGGUUGUUUUUCGUUAUGGAGUUUGUAAAUGGAGGUGACUUAAUGUUUCACAUUCAAAAAGCACGGAAAUUCGACGAGGUCAGAGCACGUUUCUAUGCCGCAGAAGUGACACUGGCAUUGCAAUUUCUUCACAAACAUCAUGUGAUUUAUCGGGAUUUGAAACUAGACAAUAUUUUAUUGGAUCAAGAGGGUCAUUGCAAACUGGCUGACUUCGGAAUGUGCAAGGAAGGCAUUAUCGAAGGGAAAACAACUACAGCGACGUUCUGUGGUACACCCGAUUACAUUGCACCGGAGAUACUCCGAGAAUUAUCUUAUGGUGCGAGUGUCGAUUGGUGGGCGCUCGGUGUAUUAAUGUACGAGAUGAUGGUGGGUCAGCCGCCCUUCGAAGCCGAAAACGAGGAUGAACUGUUCCAAUCGAUUUUGAAAGAGAACGUGGUCUAUCCUAAAUGGAUCUCCGAGGAAGCAGUAUCGAUCUUGGUAGGAUUCAUGGCGAAAAAUCCCGAUGAAAGGUUAGGUUGUGUCGCAGCCAAUGGCCGUGAAGAGGCCAUAAAGGCUCAUCCAUUUUUCCAUUCAAUCGAUUGGGAAGCACUCGAGGAGCGUAAAGUAAAGCCUCCCUUCAGACCUAAAAUCAAAAGCGAGAAAGAUACCAUGAACUUCGACGCAGAGUUCACAAAAGAGGACCCAGUGCUGACACCGGAGGAUCCCGAGGAAGUAAACUGCAUCAACCAAGAGGAAUUCGAGGGCUUUUCUUACGUCAAUGAAGACUUCAACCCUGCUAGAUUCGCAGCACAAUAAGGGAACGAUGAUCGAAGCAAGGGGAUACGAUGUUAAUAUCUUAACGCUUCUCGCUUUAAAAAAUUGGCGAAGACGCCAGGUCUGCAAAGCUGAACAUCGGCGUUUAUGAAGCUGCUCGGGGUCUCCUUUGUAUUUCGUCUCCACUGAGGGUCAUUUAAUCUGUUACCAGAAGCUAUCUUCAAGCCGAAAACAAAACGAAAAAAACGAAAAAAGAAAAGAAAAAGAAAAAACAUUGUGAUGAUCGAGAUCGUCGAAGAAUUCGGAAAACUUCAGCCAGGAUUUCGACGCGUCCGUUUCUCGCGAAACAUAGCAUUUUGGUAUGGAUAUAUAUGUAUAUCGUGGCGUUUAUUUAGCAUAAGCAUGAGAACGCGGAUUUGGAUCUGAUUGCAAGUGUCUUAAAGGUAUAGCGACGAAUCACGGGGAUUCCUUUCAUUUCCAUGGAAAACGAUUUCGCGGCGAAGCGUGAUCGAGAGGAAACGCGAAACGAGAGAUUGAACCUGAGACGUUAAUCGAAAACAAUGCACUUUGGCAAACCGAGCGGUCUGGUUAAAGAAAUUAGUACAAAAAGAAAAGAGUGCAAAGAAAGUUGUUCAUUAAUGGAGUUGCAGGAUCGC